AUGAGUUUUGUAAAGAAUUUAUUUUCAAAGCCAAAACCAACUUCAUCAUCAACAUCAGAUGUCAUCAAAGGAUACAAGAUUGAUGUACCUGUACAGGAGAGAAUUGUAGAUCCAUCUUAUUCAUAUUACUAUAGUAGAUUGGAUAAGACAUCACCACAAAUAGUUGGACUCAUCAGCAAGAAUGAUAGAAACAGUACACAAUUUGAAUUAAAAGACUUUCACAUCAAGACCGAGAUGACUGAUGUCUCGUCGAUUACUGUAUUCACUCAACGCUACUUCAAUGGGUAUCCAUCACCUGUUGAAGCCAAGUACCAGAUUCCAUUGGCUCCUUAUUCGGCUGUAUCCGACUUUGUCGUGCAAUACGACGACAAGGUGCUCAGAGGUACUGUCAAGGGCAAGCAAGAUGCCGCCAACGAUUUCAGUGAUGCCAUUGCUAGUGGUGGCCAAGCAUUCCUAGGUGAGAAAAACGACAAGGGAUACUUUAACUUGUCGAUUGGUAACUUGCCACCCGGCAAAGAGGUGACUAUUGCCAUCACCAUCGUCUCUGAAGUUGGACUCCAUUUACAAGACCUCCACUACUGUCUUCAUCGUUAUAUGUUCCCAAAGAACUCUCUCAGUCUCAAGUUGGACAUGGAGGUAGAUUUGUCAACCGACAUUACAGACAUUCAAAUCGACCACUACCAAUUCAAAAAGGAGAUCAAUCAAAACCGUGCCACUAUCUCACUCGAACACAACGGUGUCGUCAAUAAGAACCUUAUUGUAGUCGUCAAACCAAAGACAGAAGAGAAACCAGGUUACUUUUUAGAGUACAACAAAGAGGACAAGACCGCCGCCUUGGCACUCAACUUUUACCCACGCUUCCAAAUCUCGCCAGACGAAGUCGAUCAAAAGAGUGAGUUUGUGUUCCUCCUCGAUUGCUCUGGCAGUAUGAGUGGAGGUGCCAUCACCAAAGCCAAACGUGCACUUGAAAUCUUGAUGCGUUCACUCACUGAAAACAGCAAGUUUAACAUUGUACUCUUUGGCAGUAACUUUAAAUCACUCUUUCCCGAAUCGAUGCCAUACGAUGAUGCCAACCUCGAAAUUGCCUCUACCUAUAUUCAAAAGAUUCAAGCUGAUCUUGGAGGUACCGAACUCUUACCACCAAUUAAAAGUAUUCUCUCCAAACCAUAUGAUCCACAAUAUCCAAGACAAGUUUUUAUUUUGACUGAUGGAGAAGUAUCAGAAAGAGAUCAAUUAAUUGAUUUUGUUGGAAAGGAAGCAAAUACUACACGUAUUUUUACUUUGGGUAUUGGUAGUGGAGUUGAUAGAGAAUUGGUUAUUGGUUUGUCAAAGUCAUGCAAAGGUUAUUAUGAAUUCAUCGAAGAGAAUAGUAUGAUGGAAACUCAGGUCGUUAAAUUAAUGUCGAUUGCUAUGGAACCAACCAUUUCAAACAUUCGCGUUGAUUGGGAUGGUCUUCAAGCCACUCAAGCACCUUCGAUUGUCAGACCAAUCUUUAACAAUGAACGUAUGAUUAUCUACUCAUUGAUUGAUAAUUUGGUUGAAGGCGAGACCCCUCAAAAGACGAUAAAGUUGACUUGUGAUGGUCCAACUGGCCAAGAAUUGGUCUAUGAAGUGGUUGUUGAUUUUAGCAAGAGUGGAUCAAACAAGCAACUUCACACUUUGACCGCCUAUGAAAUGAUCAAGGAUAUGGAAGAAAAGGAAAGAAAGAAUCUUGGAAAAUUCAAAGACGAAAUCACAAAGUUGGGUGUCAAGUAUCGUUUGGUAUCCAAACACACUUCAUUUGUUGUCGUUGCCGAGUCUGAUCAACCAACCCUCGAAACUAUGAAACAAGUCAAUGUCAUUGAACCAGAGGUCACCGCCACCACCUCUGCCGUCCGUCCAGGUUCCAUCAACCUUCUCUCUGCCAUUUCAUCUGGUGCCAAACUCUCUUCAAGACAAUCCUAUUCCUAUUCAUCCGCUUCGUCAGGCUCUGAAGAUGAAUGUGAUUUUGAAGAUGGAGAAGAUGAUGAUGACCACCUCAUGUCCUGUGACACCCAAAUCUUAUUUGAAGCAGAGGAGGACUGUAAAGUACUACAAUCUCAAUUGAUGGAUUUGGAUUGUCUUAGUGACACUGCCAUGGAAAUUCAAUGUGAAGCUGAACCUGAACUCAGACGUGCUUCUUCCUCCUAUAAAAAGGGUGGUUCCAUGCUCCCAUCAUUUUCAUUCUUUAGUGGAAGUUCAUCACCUAAAGAAUCCAAGGAAAAGGAAAAGGAUAAGGAUCUCAAGAAAAAGAAGUUGUCAUCUUCACCACCAAGAUCUAGAAAGAUGGCUGAUACUAGUAGUUCCUCCCCUACCUCUACCUCUACCUCUAGCAACACUGUCUUUUACAAAUCAUCACCAGCACCAGCUCCAGCAGCUCCAACCCCUACUCCAGUCUCUGCUCCCAAGCCAUCAUCAACUGGUGACUUGUUGAUCGAUCUCAUCAGAACCCAAAGAGCCAAUGGUAGUUGGGUGCAAGGUAGUGUUACCCUCACCAUUCCAACCGUUCCAGAUGUUCUCAAAUCCGUUCCAAUCGAAGUUUGGGUUACCCUUGUUGUUAUUACAACCAUUACCAAAAAGUUUGCAGAUAAGAAAUCUCAAUGGGAAUUGGUUGUUCAAAAAGCCAGCAAAUGGGUCAAACAACAACUUGCCCGCGCAUCAAAUAUUACUCAAGAUUUUGAUUCCCUAUGUCUUUUAGUUAAUGUUUAA